CGCGCGCCGCCCGCGAGAGCUCGCCAGUGGCUGAAGCGGCGGCUGUGGCGCGCAGAGCGGGCAGAGCUGGCGGAGCGGGCGCUAACCGCCCGGGGCUCGGCGGGAGGAGGCGCGGGGCGGCUGGUGGUGUCUCCCGGGCCGCGGUGGUGUCAUGAUCGACUCGGUGAAGCUGCGGCGCGAUAGCGCGGCUGACUUCUUCUCGCACUACGAGUACCUGUGCGCGCUGCAGGACUCGGUGCCGCUGCCCGCCGUGCGCUCCUGCCUGCGGGACGGGGUGCUGGACUUCAAUGCCGACCGGCUGCGCGUGGUGGACUGGACGCCGCUGCUCAGCACGCUCAGGGUGAACCGCGACUUGCCGCUGGUGGCCAUCAAGAGCUCCUUCCAGCCGUGGCUCGGGGAGACAGGUUCUGAUACACACAGAGCUUGCAGAAAUCGGGUUCCUGCGAUAAGAUCCAAGGAUGUGAGCUUCCAGUUGUGUAAGGCUCUGAAAGGCUGCUUAAGCACAUCCAGUGUGCUCAGAAAUCUGGAGCUGAAUGGGCUGACUCUGAGAGAGAGAGAUCUGGCUAGUCUAACAAAGGGAUUGAGUAAAUCGACAUCCUUGGUGCACCUGUCUCUUGCCAAUUGUCCAAUUGGAGAUGGAGGUUUAGAAAUUAUUUGUCAAGGCAUAAAGAAUUCUGUCACUCUCAAGACCGUCAACUUCACAGGAUGUAAUCUGACAUGGCAAGGAGCCGAUCAUAUGGCCAAGAUCUUAAAGUACCAGACCAUGAGAAGGCAUGAAGAAACCUGGGCUGAGAGUCUUCGCUACAGGAGACCCGAUUUUGAUGGCAUGGCUGGGCUACGGCGCAUCACGCUGAACUGCAACACACUAGUUGGUGACCAGGGUGCAGGUGCUUUUGCAGACUCUCUUAGUGAGGAUUUGUGGCUUAGAGCUCUUGACCUGCAACAGUGCGGCCUCACCAGUGAAGGAGCCAAGGCUCUGCUGGAAGCCCUAGAAACCAACAGAACCCUGGUCGUUCUGGAUAUAAGAAAAAACCCACUUAUCGAUCACUCUGUGAUGAAAGCGGUGAUCAGAAAGGUCCUCCAGAACGGAAGGAGUGCCAAGUCAGAGUACCAGUGGAUAACGUCCCCCUCAGUGAAGGAGCCGCCCAAAACUACUAAGCAGAAAAGGAGAACGAUCGUCCUAGGAAGCAGUCGGAAAGGAAAAGCUACCAUUAGAAUUGGGUUGGCUACGAAGAAACCUGUGAGUAAUGGGAGAAAGCAUGGGCUCAGUAAAGACAGCUAUGCUCCGGAUCCUCUGCCGCCGGGCGUGUCUGGUUUCCUGCCGUGGCGCACUGCAGAACGUGCAAAAAGAAACAGGGGUUUUCCGUUAAUCAAAACUCGCGAUCUGUCUAAUCAUCUGAAGCAAUCAGAUUUCCCUGUGACUGUGACAGUAGAGAGUCCUUCCUCCUCUGAAACUGACGAGGCUGAGGAAUCUUCAGACAGUGUCCAUGAAACAUCUCAGAAAGCCAGCACAAGACAAGAAACGUUACAGGAGAAACUGGAGGAAUGCCUAAAGCAGCUGAAGGAGGAGAGAGUCAUCCGGCUUAAGGCUGACAAGCGAGUCAGUGAGCUAGAACAUGAAAAUGCCCAGCUAAGAAAUAUAAAUUUCUCCUUGUCUGAAGCCCUUCAUGCACAGUCGUUGACAAACAUGAUCCUGGAUGAUGAAGGCGUCUUGGGCAGCAUUGAGAAUUCUUUUCAGAAGUUUCACGCUUUCCUGGACCUCCUUAAAGAUGCUGGACUUGGACAGCUUGCCACUAUGGCUGGUAUAGAUCAGUCCGAUUUCCACCUAAUAGGUCGUCCUCAGAUGAAUUCUACCGUUAGUGCAGCUGUGGAAGACCAGAGAGCCCUGGAGGAAGAAAAGCUAGACCUGAAACAGACUCCUGGGGGACAGGUGCAGAAUAUCCAAGUCUCUAUCUGUAUGCAGUCAGCUUACAAUGAAGGGACACUGAUGAAGUUUCAGAAGAUUAGAAGUGAUGCUAGGAUUCCUUUGCCUCUUGACGCCUUCCAAGUUCCUGUUUCUGCACGAGAGGCAGCGGUGGCCUCCAGAGACAGCCUAGGAGUCCCAGCCCCUGAGCAACUGGAGGGCCCUGCAGCAGGCCUUGCUGCUAGAACAGGCUCUCCUUUAGCAGAUGGCACCUCUGGAAGCGGGAGUCAAAGGGAAGAAGUUGUGUCGUCUAGACACAGCAGAUCUUCAGAGAAAGGCAGUGUGGCGAGCAAGCGCUCCACUGAGAAACACUCUGGGAAGGACCAGCUUUCUAUCCCUGACUCCCCUGUGAACUCACAAAGCAAAGGAACCGGGGACAAAAGGUCUUUGCUUAAUGAGCCGACUAAAAGUGAAUCUUUGAAAAAACACGUUUCUGUCAAGAAGGAAAACAGAAUAGUGACUGUCUCAUCCAAGACAAUCAGAAGUAAAUCCAAUCCUCUAGAACAUUCUGAGAGUGAUACUGUUGGGUCUGAUUUUGAAUUUCAGGAAAGCGUCCAUUCAUCGGCACACCUGACGUAGGUCUAACCUUUGAAAUUAUGAUUUUACCUUCAAAUUUUAAUAAAUUUUCUUACGUUUUUACUAUAA